AUGCGGCGCCUCAUGAUCGUGCGCAGGCUCUAUGUACCGCAAUCACGGCAGUCGCGGCCGCGCGUCCGUAUCACUCCUCUAUCACACCUUCGCGGCGGCGCUCUUGUACAUCGCGACACGUACCUGCAACACGCAUGUGCCAGUACCUCUGAGCCUACGGGCGUGCGCCCGAGCCUCUCUGGGCGCGAAGACGCAGCCGGCGAGGCUGACGCCUUACCUGCGCACGGCCCAAUACUCUCGCCGUGGGACAAGCACGCGGCGGAAGUCGAAGAUGUCAAGGAGCGCUCGCGUGACGCUGCGGUUUAA